AAGGGGCUGGGCGCGAGGAGAAAGCUGGGAUGCCGGGAGUGGGGCGGGGAGAAGGCUUGUCAGUCGGAUCUCGCGAGAGAGGACGGAAGCCUGUGGGAGCCUCUGGCCUUUAAAGUGCGAUUCUGCCCGUUCCUGCAGGGCUGGUUUGUAAACACGGCUGAGCUCUGGGCUUCCAGGUGGCAGGAAGGAUCAGGAAUUAGUGACCUGGAAAGAGAUGCUAGAUGGGAACUUGAGAAGUACCGCUUUCUUAGAAAGAGUUUAGGGAUUCCUGUCAGCAGAGUAAAGCUCAUGGCCCACCAGCUACAAAGUAUCCUUGCCAUGAAAAAGAGAACGUGAUAAGCUGUUCAACUUAUGAAAUUCAGGUUACAUGUGAAUUCUGCCAGGCAAUACAAGGACCUGUGGAAUAUGAGUGAUGACAAACCCUUUCUAUGCACUGCCCCUGGAUGUGGCCAGCGUUUUACCAACGAGGAUCAUUUGGCUGUCCAUAAACAUAAACAUGAGAUGACACUGAAAUUUGGUCCAGCACGUAAUGACAGUGUCAUUGUGGCUGAUCAGACACCAACACCAACAAGAUUCUUAAAAAACUGUGAAGAAGUGGGUUUGUUUAAUGAGUUGGCAAGUCCAUUUGAAAAUGAAUUCAAGAAAGCUUCAGAAGAUGACAUUAAAAAAAUGCCUCUAGAUUUGUCCCCUCUUGCAACACCCAUCAUAAGAAGCAAAAUCGAAGAACCUUCUGUUGUAGAAACAACUCAUCAAGAUAGUCCUUUACCUCACCCAGAGUCUACUACCAGUGAUGACAAGGAUGUAUCAUUGGCACAAACUGCACAGCCCACAUCAGCUAUUGUUCGUCCAGCAUCAUUACAGGUUCCCAAUGUGCUGCUCACAAGUUCUGACUCAAGCGUAAUUAUUCAGCAAGCAGUACCGUCACCAACCUCAAGUACUGUAAUCACCCAGGCACCCUCCUCUAACAGGCCAAUUGUCCCUGUACCAGGCCCAUUUCCUCUUCUGUUACAUCUUCCUAAUGGACAAACCAUGCCCGUUGCUAUUCCUGCAUCAAUUACAAGUUCUAAUGUGCAUGUUCCAGCUGCAGUCCCACUUGUUCGACCAGUCACCAUGGUGCCUAGUGUUCCAGGAAUUCCAGGCCCUUCUUCCCCUCAACCAGUACAGUCAGAAGCAAAAAUGAGAUUAAAAGCUGCUUUGACCCAGCAACAUCCUCCAGUUACCAAUGGUGAUACUGUCAAAGGUCAUGGCAGUGGAUUGGUUAGGACUCAGUCAGAAGAAUCUCGUCCACAGUCAUUACAACAGCCAGCCACCUCCACUACAGAAACUCCGGCUUCUCCAGCUCACACAACUCCACAAACCCAAAAUACAAGUGGUCGUCGAAGAAGAGCAGCUAAUGAAGAUCCUGAUGAGAAGAGGAGAAAGUUUCUAGAACGAAAUAGAGCAGCAGCUUCAAGGUGCCGACAAAAAAGAAAGGUCUGGGUUCAGUCCUUAGAGAAGAAAGCAGAAGACCUGAGUUCAUUAAACGGCCAGCUGCAGAGUGAAGUCACCCUGCUGAGAAAUGAAGUGGCACAGCUGAAACAGCUUCUUCUGGCUCAUAAAGAUUGCCCUGUAACCGCCAUGCAGAAGAAAUCCGGCUAUCAUACUGCUGAUAAAGAUGAUAGUUCAGAAGACCUUUCGGUGCCCAGUAGUCCACACACAGAAGCUAUCCAACAUAGUUCUGUCAGCACAUCCAAUGGAGUCAGUUCAACAUCAAAGGCAGAAGCUGUAGCCACUUCAGUCCUCACCCAGAUGGCAGACCAGAGUACGGAGCCAGCGCUUUCACAGAUUGCCAUGCCUCCUUCCUCCCAGCACAGCCCUCAGGAAGUUGAUUAAAAACUCGAAGUACAACAGUUUUAGAUACUCAUUAGUGACUUCAAAGGGAAAUCAAAGAAAGACCAGUUUCCAUUUAUGAGAAAUCUGUGGUUGUAAUUUUUUAUUUUACUUGAAGUUAAAUUUUUCUCUAGAGUUGGUAUAGCAGCAAUUGAUGAUCAGACUGAACAAGCUUUUAGUCUCUGGAAAAAGACUAAUUUUGCUUUUUUUAUAAAUACUGUUAGAUUUAUUAAUUUUUCUGUGCUCAGUGUGUAAAUGUAUCAUAAUUCACUGUGGUUUAUUUCACUUUGAUUUAGUGGUGUUUUAAUAAAUGGGAGUGUUAACUGAAUCACUCUUUCUACUUCCAUUUCUUUUGCCCACACCUUCACCCUGAGUGAUGGUAGUCUUGUUUAUCAUUUAUACCAAAGUUCUGCAUAGUCCCUAUUGACUUUGUAAUGUCAGCAGAGUCUAAAGCACUAGGGAAGAGAAAGACAAAUUUCCUUUUACUCUUUUUGCCUUUUAUUUUGCACAUUAUGCAAAAGGAUGAAUAAUAGAAAACACUUUUUUUUAAGUGAAUGAAGACAUGGUAAGACAAGAGAAUGCUUUUAUGCACAUUCUUAACCUAGCAAGGGUUAUUCACAGCUCUGCAAUGUUUUUAAGAUUUUAAGUAGGCAAAAAUUUUGGAAUCUUGAGCAUUUCAAAAAUGACUUUAUUUUUUAAGUCUUAAAUUCAGUAUUUUAAACCUGUGUUUUGAGGCUGAAAACUAUGAAAUUAUAUAAUGUAUGAUACAGGGUUAUCAGAUGUCUAGUAAUUUUUUAAUUAGCUCUUGUUAUUUGAGGAUUCUGGUUUUUUGUUCUUGUUGGGUUUAUUUUUGUUUUUUUUUGUUUGCAGAUUUCAGGUAACAAAGUGAGAAGUUUAUGCAUAAUCAAGUAUGGUGUGGUUGCCAGAAAAGCCUAAAAUUACUACUUAGAAAUUUUAAGACUGUUUUCCCCAUUGUUGUACUUGUACUUGCGAGCUAUCUUGUACUUAUUCUUGUGAAAGCACUGUCAUCUUUUAGUAGCCAAUUUUGAUAAUGUUUCUUGUGGAAAAAAAAAUCAGUAUCUAUCUUUAGAACAAUGUAAUUAUAAUGUGGGAAAUAUGAGUGAGUGAGAGAGUGAGUGUAUGUGUGCACCUUUCAAUAGUUUAUGCCAGCAAUCUUUGCUUGAAUGUUUAAUGAUGCCUUCGGUGUGAUGCUGGCCCAAUAGAUGACUGCAGUUUCAAAUGUCCUUACUGUGCAGGCUUGGAUAACUAACAUUCCAUGAUGUAGCUUGUUCUGAUGAGAUGAUUGUAAGUACACUUUUCUCACUAUCCAGUCAUCUGUGGAAUACUGAGUUUUCUAAUGUGCCAUUAUCUAUUUUUAUUCUGCAGUUAUGUUCAAAAUACAGUACAAUAUUUUAAAUAGGCUAAAUUGUUAAACAUAAAAAUAAAAAUGUAGUAGAUGUGUGUAAGAAAACUUUGUAAAAUAGUUAUGAGUCCUACCCAGUAGCAACUUCUGGCAUUCAAGCAGGAUUCCAUUAUGUAAAUACCUGUAAUACAUUUAUAAUAAGUUGUGUGGUCUGUUCUGCAUCCAUACUACACUAUUUGCUAUGGUCUCAGUGCCAUCUCCUAAUGAGACUAACAUUUUACAAGCCUGUUUGGAAUAUCCUUGAUAAUUGAAAGGAAUAUCCCACCUGCCUAAGUUCCAAACUGGUAAACAUGCAAAUCAUAUGAAUGACAUUUCAGGACUUUUACGUAUGAAGAUAAUAGGAAUUUUAUUAUUUGGCUUAUUAAAAAUGAGGGUAUUUUAGUUGAUUCUACUGUUUUUGUUUUUUUUUUACUGAUUUCAUAUUUUAAAUGAUCAAUUUUAUCAUGAUUUUAUCAUAGUUAUGCUAAGGAGUCAAUCUCAAAGGCACAAAAUUAUGAAUUCUGGCAAAAAAAACUUUUUUUUUAUUGUAGUUUGGAUGGGUUAGGGAAAGCCUCAAUUUUUCAGUCACCUAAGUCCCUUCCAUGCAUUUUACUUUCAUCUUAUUUAUGCAGGUUAAAGUUCUUUGGUAACAAUUCUUGCAGCUGUAAAAUAAAAGUACAUAGAUGUAAGAAGUCAUGUAAACGGUUAAUGAACUUACAAGGUUAGCAAAACUUUCAUUGUAAAUCAAUCUGUACUCAGCAAAUAAAAAUCAUUAUUAGUUGUAUAAACACAAAAAAAUUCCAUUUUGACUUCCAGAUGUCACACUACUUCUGUACCUAGCAUUUUGAGUCCUUAUAUUUGCAAUGUUACACAAACUGUACUAUUUUCUUUUAUGUACAGUUUGCAUGAGUAAACCAUCAGAGAAUAAAUUCUAUCUUUAAAUUAUGUUUAUAA